AUGUGGGGACCGUCUGUAACCAUGUGGGGACCGUGUAGAACCAUGUGGGUUUGUGUGGAACCAUGUGGGGACCGUGUAGAACCAUGUGGGGACCAUACGGAACCAUGUGGGGACCGUGUGGAAUCAUGUGGGGACCGUGUAGAACCAUGUGGGGACCGUAUGGAACCAUGUGGGGACCGUGUGGAACCAUGUGGGGACCGUGUGGGGACCAUGUGGAGACCAUGUUUUGUUCGUCGUUUACCACUGAAUAUUCAUUUUGAGUUUGAAGAGGUGGGUGGGGGUCUCUACAAUACGGUGGGGGUCAAUACAUCAGGGUGGGGGUCUCUACAAUACGGUGGGGGUCAAUACAUCAGGGUGGGGUUCUCUACAUCAGGGUGGGGGUCUGUAGAUCAGGGCGGGUCUCUACAACAGGUUGGGGUGUCUCUACAUCAGGGUGGGGGUGUCUACAUCAGGGGGGGUCUCUACAUCAGGGUGGGGGUGUCUACAUCAGGGGGGGUCUCUACAUCAGGGUGGGGGUCUCUACAUCAGGGUGGGGGUGUCUACAUCAGGGGUGGGGGUCUCUACAUCAGGGUGGGGGUGUCUACAUCAGGGUGGGGUCUCUACAUCAGGGUGGGGGUGUCUACAUCAGGGUGGGGUCUCUACAUCAGGGUGGGGGUGUCUACAUCAGGGGGGGUCUCUACAUCAGGGUGGGGGUGUCUACAUCAGGGGGGGUCUCUACAUCAGGGUGGGGGUGUCUACAUCAGGGUGGGGUCUCUACAUCAGGGUGGGGGUGUCUACAUCAGGGUGGGGUGUCUACAUCAGGGUGGGGUCUCUACAUCAGGGUGGGGGUGUCUACAUCAGGGUGGGGUCUCUACAUCAGGGUGGGGGUGUCUACAUCAGGGUGGGGUGUCUACAUCAGGGUGGGGUCUCUACAUCAGGGUGGGGGUGUCUACAUCAGGGUGGGGUCUCUACAUCAGGGUGGGGGUGUCUACAUCAGGGUGGGGUGUCUACAUCAGGGUGGGGUCUCUACAUCAGGGUGGGGGUCUCUACAUCAGGGUGGGGUCUCUACAUCAGGGUGGGGGUCUCUACAUCAGGGUAGGGGUCUCUACAUCAGGGUGGGGGUGUCUACAUCAGGGGGGGUCUCUACAUCAGGGUGGGGGUGUCUACAUCAGGGGGGGUCUCUACAUCAGGGUGGGGGUCUCUACAUCAGGGUGGGGGUGUCUACAUCAGGGUAGGGGUCUCUACAUCAGGGGUGGGGGUCUCUACAUCAGGGUGGGGGUGUCUACAUCAGGGUGGGGUCUCUACAUCAGGGUGGGGGUGUCUACAUCAGGGUGGGGUCUCUACAUCAGGGUGGGGGUGUCUACAUCAGGGGGGGUCUCUACAUCAGGGUGGGGGUGUCUACAUCAGGGGGGGUCUCUACAUCAGGGUGGGGGUGUCUACAUCAGGGUGGGGGUCUCUACAUCAGGGUGGGGGUGUCUACAUCAGGGUGGGGUGUCUACAUCAGGGUGGGGUCUCUACAUCAGGGUGGGGGUCUCUACAUCAGGGUGGGGUCUCUACAUCAGGGUGGGGUCUCUACAUCAGGGUGGGGGUCUCUACAUCAGGGGGGGUCUCUACAUCAGGGUAGGGGUCUCUACAUCAGGGUGGGGGUGUCUACAUCAGGGUAGGGGUCUCUACAUCAGGGUGGGGGUGUCUACAUCAGGGGGGGUCUCUACAUCAGGGUGGGGGUGUCUACAUCAGGGUGGGGUCUCUACAUCAGGGUGGGGGUGUCUACAUCAGGGUGGGGUGUCUACAUCAGGGUGGGGUCUCUACAUCAGGGUGGGGGUCUCUACAUCAGGGUGGGGUCUCUACAUCAGGGUGGGGUCUCUACAUCAGGGUGGGGGUGUCUACAUCAGGGUGGGGUCUCUACAUCAGGGUGGGGGUGUCUACAUCAGGGUGGGGUGUUCACAUCAGGGUGGGGUCUCUACAUCAGGGUGGGGUGUCUACAUCAGGGUGGGGUCUCUACAUCAGGGUGGGGGUGUCUACAUCAGGGUGGGGGUCUACAUCAGGGUGGGUCUCUACAUCAGGGUGGGGGUCUCUACAUCAGGGUGGGGUCUCUACAUCAGGGUGGGGGUCUCUACAUCAGGGUGGGGUCUCUACAUCAGGGUGGGGGUGUCUACAUCAGGGGGGGUCUCUACAUCAGGGUGGGGGUGUCUACAUCAGGGUGGGGGUCUCUACAUCAGGGGUGGGGGUCUCUACAUCAGGGGGGGUCUCUACAUCAGGGUAGGGGUCUCUACAUCAGGGGGUGUCUCUACAUCAGGGUGGGGGUCUCUACAUCAGGGUAGGGGUCUCUACAUCAGGGUGGGGUCUCUACAUCAGGGUGGGGGUCUCUACAUCAGGGUGGGGGUGUCUACAUCAGGGUGGGGUCUCUACAUCAGGGUGGGGGUGUCUACAUCAGGGUGGGGUCUCUACAUCAGGGUGGGGGUGUCUACAUCAGGGUGGGGUCUCUACAUCAGGGUGGGGGUGUCUACAUCAGGGUGGGGGUGUCUACAUCAGGGUGGGGUGUCUACACAGGGUGGGGGUCUCUACAUCAGGGUGGGGUCUCUACAUCAGGGUGGGGGUGUCUACAUCAGGGUGGGGGUGUCUACAUCAGGGUGGGGUCUCUACAUCAGGGUGGGGGUCUCUACAUCAGGGUGGGGGGGUCUCUUCUACACCUCACAUCAGCAGUGCUUAAAAGAUGAUUUAUGUGCCGUGGCCGUGGCCGCGGUUGCGCCGGUGCCGGUCGGAGGUCUUUGGGGACGGCGGGCGCUGGUUUGUAAAGUGCCGCGGGCUCGUUUGGGAGAGGCUCAGGCCGCGGCACAUCACUGGACCAGGCAAACGUGUGUCCAGAGAGCUGUUACAGCACUUUGUUUACUCUGCACUGAGUUAUGGACACGCACCAGGAGGCGUCAGGAGGCGAGCCAGGGGAGAAGGAGGCGCAGCCAGAGGAGAAGGAGGUGCAGAGGAGAAGGAGGUGAGCCAGGGGAGAAGGAGGCGCAGUCAAAGGAGAAGGCGGUGCAGAGGAGAAGGAGGUGCAGUCAGAGGAGCAGGAGGUGCAAAGGAGAAGGAAGUAAGCCAGGAGAGAAGGAGGCGCAGACAGAGAAGGAGGCGCAGCCAGAGAAGGAGGCACAGUGGCUGGAGGUGCAGCGGAGAAGGAGGAGCAGGAAGUGCAGAAGAACAGGAGCCGAGCCAAAGGAGAAGGAGGGGCAACCAGAGGAGAAAGAGGAGAAGGAGGCGCAGUCCUGA